AUGUCCCCUGAGGUCCUUACCCUAUAUGAAUUCCUUGACGUGGUAAAUACAGGAUCCUCUACAUCUCAGAAAGUGACAGACCUAAGGCUGUGGGCAUCCUGGCAAGCACACAUGGAUGAAAAGAUGGGUGGCAAGCGCCCUGGCCUGGUCAACGCAGAUGAGACAUUCUUCCUGCACUGGAAUAGCGAGGCAGAUGAGAACAGCGUCCUGUUCCUUACCGUUAUGGAACUGCUUCUUUACAGGCCACAAGUGCAAGCCAAUUACGAUACAAUGUUUCUUCUGCCUCUUACUCAGACAUCUAACAGGGCUGUCAUAAUCAAGUCUCUGUGCGGUCAUUCCCUCCCGGCUGACGAGGAAGUUGACGAAUCCGCUGCUGCUAACAAUACUGCCCCUGCUGUUGCUACUGGUAAUACUGACGCCCUAGAUGAGCAUUCCAAGCGAAACGAGAAGCGGUAUGGAACGACCGAUGGCCAGCGGCACAUGUGCGGCGUGGAAACGGGCAAAAAGAAGAAUGAACUAAACAGUGGUGGCAUCAGCACUGUUGAGAGAGCAAAUGUUGCUUCUGCUACUGCCAAAGCCUUCAACACAACCGUUCCUGGACGUAGUCGGGAUUUUCAUGAUGGGAACCGAGGCAACGACAAUGUUUUCGAUGAGCGGGCUAGAGCCACUACUCAGGCUGGGUUCACUUAUCCCGGCUUCACCUUUCCCGGCUUCACUCGUCCCAGAUUCACUCAGCCUGGCCUUACUUAUCCCAGACCCUUCACUGAUACAACCAGAACCACCACCUAG